CCUCGUCCGCCCCACAAUGCCCUGCUGCCGGCCCACUUCUUCCCCCGUGAGCGGCAGGGUCUGUCCCUGUAGCAGGAAGAUGGCGGACACAAUGAGCAGGAGCCGCCUCUCCGCAGCCUGAGCCGACCCCGCCUGAGGGCGCUUCCCGCCCGUGCCGAAGCCGCCUGCCAGCGACGCGCGGCCCCUGCCCGAGACCCGCGCGCUUCAGGCCCCCGCGCGGCUUCCCUUUUCCGCUGCCUCGCAGGCCCCGCGGGCUCUAGGCCGCCGCCCGGCUCCUCACGUUCACCGGCGUCCUCCGUGCCCGGCUCCAGCUGGGCCCCGGCCGGCUCCUUAGGCCCCGCUCGCGCCGCCCCAUCCCUCGCGGCAUGAAGCUAACGGACAACGUGCUGCGGAGCUUCCGCGUGGCCAAGGUCUUCCGCGAGAACUCGGACAAGAUAAACUGCUUCGACUUCAGCCCCAACGGCGAGACCGUCAUCUCCAGCAGCGACGACGACUCCAUCGUGCUCUACGACUGCCAGGAGGGCAAACCAAAGAGAACACUGUAUAGUAAAAAGUAUGGAGUGGACCUAAUCAGAUACACACAUGCUGCCAACACUGUGGUGUACAGCUCCAACAAAAUAGACGAUACAAUCCGUUACCUCUCCCUACAUGAUAAUAAAUACAUCCGAUACUUUCCAGGGCACAGCAAGAGAGUGGUUGCCCUGUCCAUGUCUCCAGUGGAUGAUACCUUUAUUUCUGGAUCACUUGAUAAAACCAUCCGACUUUGGGAUCUCCGGUCUCCAAACUGCCAGGGUUUAAUGCAUCUUCAGGGGAAGCCUGUAUGCUCCUUUGACCCAGAGGGGCUGAUUUUUGCUGCUGGAGUCAAUUCUGAAAUGGUGAAGCUGUACGAUCUCCGGUCUUUUGACAAGGGUCCAUUUGCUACAUUCAAGAUGCAGUACGAUCGAACCUGUGAGUGGACAGGCUUGAAGUUCAGUAACGACGGGAAGCUCAUCCUCAUAUCAACCAAUGGAGGGUUCCUUCGACUGAUUGAUGCCUUUAAGGGAGCUGUACUGCAUACGUUUGGGGGUUAUAACAACAGUAAGGCUGUCACGUUGGAGGCAUCAUUCACACCAGAUUCCCAGUUCAUAAUGAUUGGUUCAGAGGAUGGAAAAAUUCAUGUCUGGAAUGGGGAGAGUGGGAUGAAAGUGGCUGUGUUGGAUGGGAAACACACAGGUCCUAUAACCUGUCUGCAGUUCAAUCCCAAAUUCAUGACCUUUGCCAGUGCGUGUUCCAACAUGGCCUUUUGGUUGCCAACCAUAGAUGACUAAUUCUGAAACCACAAUGUCCACUGGGUGGCUUCCAUACUGUUAAUAGCAGCGUGUUCUUGCGAAGAUGGUGUUGGAGCUGCCUACUUCUCCUGGACUGUAUGUUCUCAUCCAUCAUACCCACGUACGUUCCUGUAUGUCUUUUAUUUGCUGCAUUCCUUCAGAAGAACUCCUUCAUUUGACCUCCGAGAGUUUGAUCCUGCUGUACCCAGAAGCUGGGUGCAACAUGUAGCUACUUUCCAGUCAAAGUCCAAUAGGUUCCAGCAGAACUUGUAACUGGCACAGUGUUACUUUUGAGAACGUGGCAGAGAAAUAACGGAAAGUCUGAUUUUUAUGAAGUUUGCUGCAGUCUCUAAGGUGUAAUUGUGUUUUGUUUUCUCUUACUGUAAACACACAAGGCUACAGACGAACUGCGGUGGGUGCCUGGGACGUGCAAUUCUGUCCCACACCUGCAUGUUUAUCACGCCUGGGAUCUCUACAGUGUCACUAUUGAAUUCUACAAAUACAAACUUCAUUUGUGCCAAAUACAAGCAGACUGACUGUUUUUAACCCAAAUGUCAGAUGCACAGAGAUUUCUUUUGCUAUCGAACACUUGGGCAAAGGCUGCAUAUUCGCAUCAUGGCAUCCAUCAUCCAUUUCUGGUGGUCUAGUGCCUGGCAGACCAUACAGGUUUUGCCUGCUGGCAGAGAAAGCUUGAAGCAGCCUCUGUGCCAUUCAUCAUCCCAACAUCCAAGGCACACAGAGUACUGAAGAGGUCUGGUGGGCAUCCCAAGCAAUAAAGGAGUCUGUCAGCAGGAAGAUGAUUAAAACAAAGACUGAAACUGCAGUAGUCUCCAAUACAUCUUCCUUCUGUAUCAUCUUUGCUGAUCUUACUUGUAAAUAUUAUGGGGGAAGGAUAGUAGGGAGGGGUCAUAUUUUUUUACUUUUAGGUAUUAAAGAGUCUGAUGUGGGCCAGUAUUGUGGGAUGAGUUCAGGCUGUUUACCUUCCAUUGAUGCAGCUUUCUCCUCCUGUUCUGUAAAUAAGUCCAUUAAAUUCUCCCCAAACUGGGUCCAGGCCUGUAUCCCUUUUGUUAGUAAUACUUCCACACACAAGAUUUUAUUCCAUUAUGCAUUUAUUCACACAUUGUGCAAGUUCUUAACAAUUGCUUAAAAGACUGUGGCUCACCUAAAGUCGGAUGGGUGUUAUCCAAAGCCAAAUGGAGAAUUUGAGAUGCCUAUCUGAUAUCCCUUUUUUUCUUGUAUUUUGCCCUGGCAUUUCUGUAAAGAAUGCCCUUGCAGAAGUAUUAUACCUCUGUUGGAUAUACUGCACUCUGCUGUCCAUUUUUUGGGCAAUGAAAAAAGUAAACCAAGCCUACCAGCUGGUAUUGUUCCACUUUCUUUCUUUUCCUAAGUCAUCACAUUGUAAAAUUGGUCUGAGGCAUCUCCAUUAGCACGAUGAGAAAAGUACAAUGUACAUGGAGCUAUGCACUGUGCUCUCAUCUUAACCAAAUACUUGCAACCUAGAGGCUGAGCAUACAACCUAGGUACAUUUGCUUGGAAAAUCCAUUCUUUUUCUCCUGCUGCUAACCCCACCCUCCCAAAAAUGCAAGAGACUGUCAAGGUGGCAAUCUGAACAGGAAAUAGGCUGAUCCUGGAUGCCAUUUUAGUGUCCCCUUAUACCUGAAAAUAAUUUGUUACACCUCUGGUAAUCGUGAUCUUGAUGCUCCAUGUUGUGUAGUUUACAUCUCCACUAUAGGGCCUUGCAUCUAAUGCAGAGCAUGUUCCACUGGAAUAAUGUAUGGGUUUGUGGUACAGCCCACCCCUUUCUCUGCUCCACUCUUGCUUGUUACAACUGUUAGCAUAACACACACUUCCAUAAGCAAGGGCUAGGGGUGUAGAAUGGGUUUCUCGUCACUGCCAGUCCCAUUUGAGGUAUUAGUGCAUGUUGCGCUGCAGCUUUAUCUAUGACAGACACUCUGUACGUCAUCAAAAGGGCUGCUGUGCAUGAGACAGUCUGAGAAAUUAAUUGUUUGAAUCUAUGUGACUAAAAAAUGCUGUUUGGACUCUGUGAUGUGCCUCUGUGCUAAUUAUACUGUACAUGUUUAAAGCCAAUUCUAUGGUGUGUUCUGUGUUACACGAGUUAGUCUGUUACUCACUUGGUGGGGAUGACAGACUGACGUUCUUUUGAUCUCGCCAAACACUUAGGCUGCAGGAGUUCCAGAUCAGAAAUUCCUUUGUAUGGCUGCACCAGCAUCCCUCCUACUGGCUAAUUCUGUGCUGAUUUCACCUCAAAAAGCCAAGGGCAAAGGGGAGAGGGACAUCUGUUCUCACACAUGACAAGGCUUCUGCAACUGUUUCUUUUUCAGCCCCCUCUUGUUGCAUUCUGGGCUGUUUGGUGCUAUAGCUGCCAUUUAGUGUUUUGUGAGCAGCCGUGUUUUGCAGAGGUUUAUAACUUAGCAUGUUGGUGAUGGUGGGGAGUUUAAAAUUAAAAAAUACAAUUGAGGUUGAAACAAUGAUAACCUGAAGCAAACUCAUUCAGGUUUUUGCAAAGGUGCUUUUAGAUGAGUGAAAUGAACAGUUAGUCCCCACCAGAUAUUACUUAGGCAGGGAAGAGACUCAGAAGAUUUUUCUUCUGAGAAGUGCCACUUGCAAACCUGCUCUAAACACUUUUUAUAAGGCUGUGUUAUGUAUCUCCAGCUGCAUUGUAACCCUCUCAAUGUGUAUUUGCAGCAUGUUUAACACUAUAGAGGGCUGAAAUGUUGAUCGACGAAUUUGCACAUCAGAAACAUCAAAAGUUUUCAGGUCGAGAAGUUUGCAGGAUCAGACACAAGGCGGCACUGAUUGUCAGUGUAAAAUUGGUAGUAUUUUGUCUCUAGGGAACUAGAUAUUAUUCCCUGACUGAUUUUCUUUGUUGCAUGAGUCUCUCACAAUCUUAAUGUAGCGAUCAGGGUUUCUGACCGGGUUUUAGGAAAAAAUUGAAAGAGAACUGACUGUUGCCAAAACAAUUAUCUGGAAACUUUUAAAAAAGUAAACUCAGUUGCAUUCAUUAGCUUUCAUAGAGCUUAAGGACAGGGAAAAAGGCUUUUAAGGAAUAUGCAGGGUUUGAAAACUAAAGAAUAUUAGGAGUGACACUUCAGUACUUUUAGGGGAAACUGGGUAUAAUCAGAAAAGUACCUCUAAAAAUAGCACCACCUUACCCAACCUACUGUGUGAGAGCUCCAUGGCUAUACCCUGUCACUUUGACUCUUAUUGGCCCAGCAGAGUUAAAUAGGGGAGAGUGAGCUAGAUUCUGUUUUGCUUCAGGCACUAAUCAGUGGAAGUUCAGAUUCCGAAUCUUCACUACUGGUGGUGUCAGUAAUAGUAGUAGAAAGGAGCCCAGCUUGACACCUUCUCAGAUCCAUAUAUGAGAUUGCAAAGGAGGCAGUUUAUAUUUAUAAUAAAAAAUCCUGUCUGUACCCCAGUCCUGCAAAUAUUACACAGGUGCUUAACUUUAAAUAUGUGAAUAAUGCCAUUGAUGCAUGUGUACAAAAAUGUGCAGGUUUGUGGCAUCGAUUCAUAAUCUAAUCAGAUUUGAUAAGCAACUGAGAAUAAAUAGGGAAGCUACAAUCUCUUUUCUGAUCACAAUUCUGGCUAUAUUUGCACUUUAACAAUCUGCCACAGGAUUUCUGGGUAGCAGGCUGGGAUCCUGUUUGCCUUUGAGAGAGGCUGUCCAUUGCAACUGCUGUCCUAUUGACUAUAUUCUUGGUUGUGAGCUUGGUUUUGUGAAUUUAAUUUUUAGGUGGUGACCAUCUAUUGGAGGAGUGUAAAUACAUUAAUGUCAAAUUAUGAGAUGCCAUAAAAUACUGCAGAUGUGGAAAAUUCAGUGUUGUGGCUAUCAAAUAUUUUGUAGACUGAU